GCUUCUCUUUGGAAUCUUUCGCUUUCGCUUCUAACAACCGUCACCCUCCCAUGCACUCUCCUACUUCUAAACCCCUCCCUCUGCCCAUUCGUUCUCUUCCACCUUCUCUUCCUCUCCCACCAAUUAGGGUUUAUCGGUUCUCCCCUCGCGCGAUCGCUCCCCGCCAUGGCGUGUCCACCGGUCGGCCCCCACCGCGUCCUCGUCCUCGCCCUCGACCUCGUCGUCGUCGUUGUCAUGUUCUUCCUCUUCUUCGCCUCGUCGAGGGCGAAUUCGAUCCCGCUUGAGUCGUCUCGCCUCUCUCGCGUCCUCGAGAUCCAUGAGCGGGAGAGAGAGCCCGCGUCGGUCCAAGAAGAAGCUGUUCGCGGCCUACUCGAUCGGCUUCUUCCUUCGCAUUCGUCCAGCUUCGAAUUCAAGAUCGUGUCUAAGGAAUAUUGUGGUGGAAAGGCUUGCUUCAUCAUCAACAAUCAUCCGUCCUUUGAUAGCAAAGGUUCUCCAGAAAUCUUAAUUCAUGGGGUAACUGGUGUGGAAAUUUCUGCUGGUCUCCACUGGUAUCUAAAGUACUAUUGUACAGCGCACGUAUCUUGGGAGAAAACUGGUGGUGCACAAUUACUUUCAGUACCCCAGCCUGGCACUCUUCCUCAUGUUCCUUCUGCUGGUAUCUUGGUUCAAAGACCCGUUCAAUGGAGCUACUACCAGAAUGCUGUUACAUCCAGCUAUUCAUUUGCUUGGUGGGAUUGGGAAAGGUGGGAAAAGGAGAUCGAUUGGAUGGCUCUUCAAGGUAUUAAUCUGCCUCUUGCUUUUACCGGGCAAGAAGCGAUCUGGCAGAAGGUUUUUCAGGGGUUUAACAUUAGCAGUUCAGAUCUGAACAAUUUCUUCGGGGGACCAGGUUUUCUUGCAUGGUCACGAAUGGGCAACUUGCACGGAUGGGGUGGACCACUUCCUCAAAGUUGGCUUGAUGAUCAACUUGCUCUUCAAAAGAAAAUUCUUACUAGAAUGUACAAUUUUGGGAUGACUCCAGUUCUUCCAGCCUUCUCUGGAAAUGUUCCUUUUGCAUUGAAAUCCAAAUUUCCUUCAGCAAAAGUUACUCACCUUGGAAAUUGGUUUACAGUUGAUAGUGAUCCAAGGUGGUGUUGUACGUAUCUUUUGGAUGCAACUGAUCCCUUGUUUAUUGAAAUUGGGAAAUCAUUUAUAGAACAACAAAUUAUAGAAUAUGGUAGGAGUAGUCACAUAUACAAUUGUGAUACUUUUGAUGAGAACACUCCUCCUACUGAUGACCCAGAGUACAUAUCUUCAUUAGGUGCUGCAAUAUACCAGGGAAUGCAAAGUGGUGAUGAUGCUGCCAUAUGGUUAAUGCAGGGUUGGUUAUUUUCUUAUGAUCCUUUCUGGCAACCACCGCAGAUGAAGGCACUGCUGCACUCUGUUCCUAUUGGUCAAAUGGUUGUUCUUGACCUAUAUGCUGAAGUGAAACCAAUAUGGAUUAGUUCUGAGCAGUUUUAUGGUGUUCCAUAUAUCUGGUGCAUGCUACAUAAUUUUGCUGCAAAUAUUGAGAUGUACGGUAUCCUAGAUGUUAUUGCAUCAGGGCCAAUUGAAGCUCGACUAAGUCAUAACUCAACCAUGGUUGGUGUUGGGAUGUGUAUGGAAGGCAUUGAGCAAAAUCCUAUUGUCUAUGAUCUUAUGUCCGAGAUGGCAUUUCGUCAAAAGCAAGUAGAUGCUAAGAUGUGGGUAGAUCUAUAUGCAGCAAGGAGAUAUGGAAAGCCUGUUACUGGAUUGCUUGACGCCUGGAGAAUAUUAUAUCAGACUCUCUACAACUGCACUGAUGGAGCUAAUGAUAAAAACCGAGACGUCAUUGUUGCUUUCCCGGAUGUUGAUCCUUCCAUCAUUUCGACUGCAGAAUUACCUAAAGUUCGAGGGAACCUCCAGACUUUUUGGAAUAUUUUAGAAGGAGACUUGCUGGAGGAUGAUGCAUAUGAUCGACCACAUCUAUGGUAUUCCAGUAGUGAUGUCGUACAUGCACUUGAGCUUUUCCUUGAAAAUGGAGGUGAAGUGUCUGAUAUGCCCACUUUCAGGUAUGAUCUUGUUGAUCUAACACGGCAAGCUCUAGCAAAGUAUGCAAACCAAGUUUUCUUGAAGGUGAUAGAAGGCUUUAAGUCCAAUGACGUCAGGCAUGUUAGUUCCUACAGCCAGCGCUUUCUUGACAUUGUCAAAGACUUGGACAUGCUUUUGGCAUGCCAUGAGGGAUUUUUGCUUGGGCCUUGGUUACAAAGUGCUAAGAGCCUUGCGAGAGAUCUGGAGCAGGAGAAGCAGUCAGUGAUCAAUGAACAUAACGCGGUGCAGUUCGAAUGGAAUGCAAGAACUCAAAUAACAAUGUGGUUCGACAACACAGAGACGAAAGCAAGUUUACUACGUGAUUAUGGAAACAAGUACUGGAACGGACUUCUACGAGAGUACUACGGACCACGCGCAGCUAUUUACUUCAAAUACCUGAUAGAGAGCAUGGCGAAAGGAGUGAGCUUCCCCUUAGAGGAUUGGAGGAGGGAGUGGAUCAGUCUUACCAAUAAAUGGCAGAGCAGUCGGAAUAUCUUCACGGUUAAAGCCACCGGCGAUGCUUUAAACAUCUCAAGGUGGCUAUAUGACAAGUACUUACGGAAUGCUAACUUGCGUGAGGAAUACAAGGCUGCAGACUAUCUCACAAAGUCUGCAAGCUUCUAAGCCGCACACAGUCGCCUGCUGGAGGGCCUUGCUCGGGUGAGGGCUGCAUGUGCUUUUAUCCCCAUGCAAAUCAGCUUCCGUCGAACUUAUUACUGUUUAAACUCUCUUUAAAAUAAGCUGCAGAAAUGUUUGGACGGUACCCCUAUACUAUCCUGAUAUUGUAACUAAAUCUUUAUAUAUCUGUUUUUUUUUUUUUUCACUUGAACACUUCAGUCGCAAGUCAUUUGUGUAGGGGAUAAAAUGGUUACUUAACAGGAGAGUCUAGAUUUUCCAACUGUCUGAGAUAAAAUUGCAAUACACGAGAUUGCUUAGGGACU